UUUGCGGAAGUUCAUUUCUUCGCACUGACUCGGCGCAUUGGGUCUGGUAUGGAGAAAGUUAUAUGCGCUGUGCACGGUGGCGUGUGCAUGUUAAAAACGGGAGUUAAAGAUGGGCCCACCAAAGGCAAAAGCUUCUAUGUGUGCGUGGACAAGCGUGGUUGUGAUUUCAGCAAGAUAGCAAGCAUCUCACCAUCCCAUUGCCUCCAGCAUGAAGAAUCCAUGGUGGAACUCCAAGCGCUGACCUACAGCCAGCAGCAACAGUGCAACAGAUUGUUCUACAGGUGCAUCGUGGGUAAAAAAGCGGGCCAGAAAUGGUGUGGAAACGUGCCAUGGACUGCGCCUGAGGAAAUGCCGAAGAAGCGUGAAAAAGAGGCACAAGCUUCCUGCCUGCCACCGGUACGAAACCCCUUUAAGCUUCCUGAUAAAGUGGGUGAGGACUCAGAGUGGAAGAGGAUGCACUGCGGACCAAGUGAUGGGAAAGGAGGAGGGGAAAUGUCCAGCGAUGUGGCGGAGAAAGAGAGUGACCAGAAAGCAAAGGUGGAGAAGAAAAGUGCAGAAGGGAAGCAGAUUGCGGCUGACACUCACAGGGGUAAGGAGCUUCCGGCGGGUAUGACGCUGAAGAAGAGAUCUUCUGAGCAGGAGGGAGACAACCUCAAAGCUUCCAGUGAGGAGGAGGAGAAAACACCACCUCCAAGCAAUGCCAAAGCUGCAGAGCAAACGAAGCAACAGCUUGCUGCAAGGGCGACAGCAAGCGCCUCCACAAACGUGGGUUCCUCUGAUGACACCAACAAGCCCGGUCGGCCCAGUCAGAGCAGAACACAACAGAACAAAGAGGACGACGUGGUGUUUGUGUCAGUGACGCCCCCAGCUCAGAAAAUUCCCCCUGCCUCCGCCAUCCAAAAGACCCUGACCGCCUACCCAGGGUUUCAACCUGCUUCCAAGGUCAAUGGUCCGCUGAAUGAUCCUCAAGGAAUGCACAAGCUGCUGUCCGUUCAGCUACAGCAGAAAAAGGCCACUCUGUCUGCGAUCAAUGUGGAGGCGCUGCCCGACAAAGGCAAGCGGCUGAGGACGCAGGUUAAAGAGCUGGAGGCGGCGCUGGAAUCUCUGAGCCUGACGUCCACUUCUCCACACGAGUCUGGAGACGUGACUCAGCCCAGCAGCAGCGUUCACGUCAACCCCUUCAGCCGUCCGGGGGGCACCAUUCUGCUUCCUGCCGCUCAGGCCCCAGGACCCUCGAUGCAGUCCAGCCAGGGCUCUUCCCAGAUAUAUGGAGCCGCCCAAGUCCCGGCGUUCUACGGCGGCAGGAUGACAGACGACCGUCUUCUGGCAGUGAAAAACGCCACCUGCGAGGCCAUCGAUCACCUCCACAAAUCACUGGAGUCCUGUCCCGGCCCUGACACGGAGGCUCCGGACCCAAAAGGCCUGAAGGUGUCCCUCCUGGCCCAUCAGAGGAGAGCUCUGGCAUGGCUGCUCUGGAGAGAAACGCACAAUCCAUGUGGCGGAAUUUUGGCGGACGAUAUGGGCCUGGGCAAAACACUGACAAUGAUUGCGCUCAUUCUGGCCAAGAAGGUGAAACCCAAACAGGAAGAAGAAGAAGAGGAUGAGGAGGAGAAGAAAGAGGGAAAGAAGCAGGGGAACUGGCUUUCUAAAACUGAUUGCCACGUGGUGCUCUCCAAAAGCACCCUGAUCAUCUGCCCCGCCUCGCUGGUUCAUCACUGGAAGAAAGAGAUAGAGCGACAUGUCAAGGCCGGCAAGCUGACAGUCUAUUUGUACCACGGGCCCGACCGCAAGAAGUGCGCCAGAGUGUUGGCAGAUCACGAUGUGGUGGUCACCACGUACAGUUUGGUCUCCAAGGAAGCGCCUGGCCAGAAGGAGGCGGAGAAACCCCACAAGGAAGCCGGUGACGUGCCUGCGCACUCUGGGCCUCUCCUGCGAGUGGCCUGGUCCCGUGUAAUUCUGGACGAGGCCCACAACAUCAAGAACCCCAAGGUGCAGACCUCCAUGGCCGUGUGCCAACUGAGGGCGGGCGCCCGCUGGGCCGUCACAGGCACACCCAUCCAGAACAACCUGCUGGACAUGUACUCUCUGCUCAAGUUUCUGCGUUGUUCUCCAUUUGACGAGUACAAACUUUGGAAGGCGCAGGUUGACAACGGCUCGAAGCGCGGCAGGGAGAGGCUCAAUAUCCUGACCACGACUCUGCUGCUGCGACGCACCAAAGACCAGCUGGACUCUUCCGGAAAACCACUGGUGUCGCUUCCCAGUCGGACCUGCAAGGUGCAUCAGCUCAAACUGUCCGAGGAUGAGCAGGCGGUCUACGACGUCGUCUUUGACCAAUCCAGAUCUACCCUGCAGAACUACCUGAAGAGGCAUGAAGGGAACGACAUGAAGAGAGGAAGCACCGCUGCUUCAAAUCCCUUUGACAGAGUCACCCAAGACUUCGGCAUCUCCCAGGCUCACCCGGCUCUAUCCAGUUCCCAGCAGCCUAAGCAGGUGUCCAGCACCAUCCACAUCCUGUCACUACUGCUGCGUCUCCGCCAAUGCUGCUGCCAUCUGUCGCUGCUCAAAAAGACUCUGGACUCGUCAGAGCUGCAGGGCGAUGGUGUCGUCUUGUCCCUGGAGGAGCAGCUCAACGCUCUCUCGCUCUCGUCCAGCCCCUCGCCGUCGGCCGCCGCCAAAGACAACGUGUGCCUGAACGGCACGCGUUUCGCCUCGCAGCUGUUUGAGGAAGACGGCAGGAGCACCAAGAUUUCUGCCGUUGUUUCUGAGCUGGAGGCAAUCAGAAGGAAGAGUGACAAUCAAAAAAGCGUGAUCGUGUCCCAGUGGACCAGCAUGCUUGACAUCGUGGCCGUCCACCUGCGGCAGAUGGGUCUGCGCUACGCCGUCAUCGACGGGACUGUCAACCCCAAACGCCGCAUGGACCUGGUGGAAGAAUUCAACACCAACCCCAGAGGGCCACAGGUGAUGCUGGUGUCCCUCUGUGCCGGCGGCGUGGGUCUCAACCUCGUGGGCGGCAAUCACCUCUUCCUAAUGGACAUGCACUGGAACCCGGCCUUGGAGGACCAAGCCUGUGACAGAAUCUACAGAGUUGGACAGCGCAAAGAUGUCACCAUCCACAGGUUUGUGUGUGAGGGCACGGUGGAGGAGAAGAUUUCCACACUACAGGUGAGGAAGAAGGAGCUGGCCCAAAACGUGCUGUCGGGGACCGGGAGCACCUUCACCAAACUCUCCCUGGCUGAUCUCAGGGUCAUUUUUGGUGUUUAACAUUACGUGCUACCCCGUUUUUAUAUUUCAAUUGUAAUAUUUUAUAUUUGGGUGUGUAUUUUUUUUUCUUUUACACGAUUUAUUUUAAUGUCAAUCUGUUGAUGGUCUUAGUUUGUUGUCGACUGAAGUGGAUGAUCGUUUCUGUAUGUGGGUAGCCACAUCUUGAUUAUUUUAUGUAAGUUUGCUGAAGCCUUUAAAAUAUAUAUAA